AUGACCGAGUCCGACUGGACCGAGUGUCUCACGCCAGAGUUUCGAUUUGGAAAAAGAGACAUUCUGAUGUGAGAGCUGUUUUCCAUAUAAAGUUUAUUUACUCUGUAUUAAAGAUAUAUGAUUUGCCUUACCUAAAUACGUACAAAUAAAUUUAUAACUUACGAGUUCGCUCGCUCAGCCUCCACAGCUGUUGUCAUUCUUCGAAGUCAAAGCAAUUCAUUAGUCGAAUUUCAAUCAACAUCGCUUGUUGGGAGAAAAAAGGAAGGGUACCUGGAUUUACGAGGAUAAGCAAGUGAAAAGGACUUCAAAAAUCGCUUAAAACAGUGGAUUUAUACCUGCCGAAGCUUGUGGAUUGCAGGACGACGUGAUUCUACUCUGUUUGGCGUCGUCGACGACACCACGACGACGGAAUUUACUGGUCGCACUUGCGCAGUACACUGUAACUCACUUACGGUCGUCGUCGUGGUUCUUAAGUUCCCUAUUUCUCCCCCACGGACGUCUGCUAAACACAGCCGACAUUUACGUUCACCAAUCACAGGCCGUUUACGGAUUUUUGUAAAACGUAACCCGAGCCGCUUGUUCAGAUUCGCACGAUCAGUGAGGCUUUUGAUCGGGUGUGCGAGAAAUUUGUAAUAAAUACAGAGUUAAACAAGUAUCAGAGACAAGCUAUCCUGCAAAUUUUAUGAAGACCGAUGAGUUCAUAAAUUUGCCGACGGGAUUUGGUAAAUCCCUUAUCUAUCAAGCUUUGCCGCUUGUUUGCGACACAGUGCGUGGAACUACUGGACAUAUUGUUGUUGUUGUUUCCUCCCUGGUAAAUCUUAUGAAAGAUCAAUUUACAAAGCUGGAAAAUAUUGGUAUUCCUGCUGUAACGCUCAGUGAUAUUAGCGAAGAGAAUAUGAGGGUUGUCGAGAGAGGGGCUUUCUCUGUUGUUUACGGAAGCCCAGAAGCUUGGUUGAAGAUCGAUCGGUGGAGGAAAUGUUAG